UUGACGGUGGCGGAGAACACACCACGCGGCGUGACGCUCGGAAGCUACGCUGCGACGGACGCGGACGGUGACACUGUUACUUACAGCCUGAGUGGCACGAACGCAAAGUCGUUCCAUAUUGACGGCUACGGCAACCUUAAGACACUUGAAUCUCUGGACUACGACAGCAACACGCCUUGCUCGGUGGGUGGCUGCUCGGUGACGGUGGUCGCUUCGGACGCUAACGCGGCCAGCGGCGAGCCGGCGAAUGGGCACAAUGGCCCGACUGAAGCGGCCGUGAUUAUUACGGUGUCGCCGUCGAGGACUCGGUCAGCACGCUUAGCGUUACUAAGGCGAACCCGGUUCCUGGGCACGACCAUGGGCGAUGCUAUGACUGCCCUGGGCAAUACUAAGGAGUCCAUAAGCGCCGAUGUUCCUGAGCGGCCGGCGGACCUGCCGAACGCUAUGGGGCGCCGCUGA